CCGAUACACAAUUCAUCCCUUUUACAUUCCCUGCUUGCCAGUGUCUGGCAUAGAGAAAGUCAACUGGUCUAGACGGAGAGCUCCAAUCCCUAUCAUGCUCUGGUUGGGGGCUUUAAGUUUGAUGUCUGAGGGCUCUAGUCUUGUUUGAUGGAUUUAUUCUUGUGUGGGAUUUGCAAUGAGAAAGAAUCCGUUUUGCCAGCACUUGGGCUCUUCAGUUCGAAUCAUUUGUUAGAAUCAUUUGUCAUCUCCCAAUCAUUUGUCGUCUCCACUCUCUAUCUCUAUUAUGUGUGAUGAGUAUAAUGCCAGUACGGAGUACACCAGAUGUAUGUGUUCUAGUUCCCCCCCAGCCUUAAUAUAAGGCCCUCCCUGUCCUUGAAUGUCAUCUCACUGUGACUGUCAGAGUCUGGGAAAAGAGGCAAUUAAGUGGUGUGAAAAACACCAGGGGUCGAGGGUUGAAUUGAUUCAAGGUGAUUUUGUGCUGCAAAGCUGGUAUCGUUAGUGUGAAAGUGUGCUCAGUUAGUUCCCUGCUGAAUGUUAUGUUGAAGGACAGCUCUUGAAACAACCAUUCUGGGAGAAACCAGAGGUUUCUAGUAAAUAUGAAUUGUUAACGCCAUGGUGGCCAUAAAACUCAAGAUCAUGGGGAGCAAAUCAAUUGCGGACUACAGCAUGAUACCUAAAUAACAGACGAUUUCUUCAUGCAAAGGUGAGAGAGGAAGUAAAGUUCAGUAUGUGAGGUUAUUUUGUUUUGAGGAAUGUAAAAACACCACUAUGAUGGAUGGAUUGUCUAUAGAGGCUUGGGUGUGGUGGUUUGGAUGUCAAGCUGAUGCUAAAUACCAGCCUGUACCCGGUGUGCCAGCCUCCCAGUCAACUCUGAACUCAAGUUGGGCUAUAAGAUUGUUUACAACAAAAAAACGACCCAAGCCUCUAUCGCCUCACGUGUUGUUUUGUACCAUUAUGACUCAUGGAUUACUGUCAAGCCAUUCAAAUCCAUCCUUAAAAUGCUUGUCAAGAUAAUCUUUGAGAUAAUCUUUCUCUGCUCACAUUUGUCUAACUCUGCAAAACAAGAGAACAGGCUGUUCAAAAAAGUUUGAGUUGAAAAGUUGAGGGUAGACAUUAUGGCGUUAUUAGAGUUAAAGCCAGUUUGCCAGGGAGGAGAUGGGACAGCCUGUUCUUUCGCCAUGAGAUGUACGACCAAGCCAUCCGGACGAGCUGGGGGAGAAAGAGAUGGCAUACGUGCAGAGAGAACUGCAGCCAAUGGAGAAGUGAGGCUCACUGCGCUUUCAGGCAUCAGUUGCAGAUCCCCAGGCAGCAGCAACCAGUGGUGACCAGGCUGUAUGGAAAGAAAAGGAACAGCACACAGGGCAGAGUAUCAAUGUCUCGACUCAAGUUGCAAAUACAGAAACAGUGUCAGUCACCUGAGACCGACAAGAGGGGGUGGUCUGGCCAGAAACACCCAGCUCUGUUUGGGCCAAUUCCAAACACCAGUGGAGUGGGACUGUCUGGGAUUCAGAAGGGAGAGAGAGGACGCUUCUUCAGCAUGCCUGGAGCAGAGGAUAGUGCUCGCCUGCCAGGGCACUGGAGAGAUGUGAGGGAGUGGAGCAUAGAGAAGAGACCGAGCCACAGAAUGUGGGUCCAGGAUGUAGAACAUGUCCUCGGUUCAACGGCUAGGCAACUGUGUGCUUCCCUGGAUAAAUAUCCUCACCACGAGCCUGGGGAUGGUCAAACCACUUCUCCCCUUCCUUCCAAGACUGGUUUCCCUCCCGUCAUCCAGCCCUUACUUACAGACAGCUGUAGGUCCUCUGCACCCACAGACAGAAGAGCUAAGCCAUGGACCACACUGCUCAGCAGCUAAAAUGGACAAUAGCAGCAUGAAGCCUUCCUCGUUGAUUGAUUUGAAAUACUUACUGGUGUGAAUCAUCUAGAAACCAUCACAGGUAGCGCUGCCACAGAGGAGGAGUCAAAGAUCUUCAGUUAUAUACCAGAGACACCAACGCUCAUGAAAAUACAUUUCUAACCUUGUCCGACUCUGCAUUGAAAGCAAAGAGGAACAGAGGGGAUGCAACCGUUCCAAAGCAUGAUGUCUACUCCUCUAUGAUAAGUUGCUGUUUGACAUUCUGGAGAGGUGUAAUCAUAUAAAGACACAGAUGUCCUCCAAGAGUUACACUCUAAUAAAGGAUGAUGGAAAGUCAAACAGAGACCAGAGUUUACAGUCUGGCCUUCUGUGGUCCAAGAGGCUAGAGACCAAUUCUUCCCUCACACCACCCUCCCCUCAAUUAAAUAAACAAGCGAUUUGUCUGAGCUACUCUCUGUUGUAUCUUUGUCUGAAAAUGUUGGUAGAGUUCGAAAUCUGCCAGUGGAAACAGAACACACAACAUAUCAGUAUGUUCACCUACAGACUUAGGAGGCUUAGGAGGGAAAUGGGACUGUGUGGUUGGUAGUUGAAUGAUUUCUUGGAAGCAGAUAUGAUUUGGUGUCUAUAUAUAGGGUCUCAACAGACGGAGCAGUGCGACCUGUACUGUGUCAGCUGACUUCCUGGUCCCUAGUCUCCUCGGCCCCCAAAUGAGAUCGAAGACGCCAUGCUUCCUGGCUGAUUAAAUAAAUGAUUGAAUCCUU